UCCCAGAUUUCACAGAAGGUACUUACUUUCUCGGAGCCAGCUGCCAUGACCAGCCAGUCGCAGGGGAUCCAACAGCUUCUUCAGGCUGAAAAAAGGGCCAAGGAUAAGCUAGAAGAAGCCAAGAAGAGGAAAGGGAAGCGAUUAAAGCAAGCUAAGGAGGAAGCCAUGGCAGAAAUCGACCAGUACAGAAUGCAGAAAGACAAGGAAUUUCGACUGAAACAAGCUAAGAUAAUGGGUUCCCAGAGUAAUCUCUCAGAUGAAAUAGAAGAAGAAACUCUAAGGAAGGUACAAGAACUGAGUGGACGCUACAACAAGUGUGUGGAAAGUGUACUGAAUCAGCUUUUGACCAUGGUCUGUGACAUGAAACCAGAAAUCCAUGUGAACUAUAAAGGCACCAACUAAAUGCACAGCAUAUCGUUCAAAGAAAAGCGUGUGAGUGACACCUGGUUGCAUAUGGCUUCAUAUUCAUAUUAAAGAAGUUGAAAUGCUGAUCUUUAAUUUGCUGGACAUCUGCAGAGAAUGUUUGACCUAAUUCAUUCCUGGGCACUGAAUUAAACAGAUAAACAA